AACUGAGUAGUUCAUGUCUAGAGGCGCGCUGGACUUAGGUAUUGGCAUCAGGGCAGUGCUCUUUGGAUGGACACCAUGGAGCGAGCGCGGGGAUUAAGGAUAUAUGUUUUGGUGUUAUUCAUUGUAUCAAAGGCUUUGGGGUCCAAUAUCUGCACAUCUCGAGGAGUGAGCACGUGCCAGCAGUGCCUAGCCGUGCACCCAAGCUGUGCCUGGUGCUUCCAAGAGGACUUUGGGGAAGGUAAAACCGGGGUGUCUCGCUGUGACCUGAAGAAGAACCUCAAGGCAGCAGGAUGCUCCGAGAGGUCACUGGAGAACCCUAAAAGUGGUAUGACCGUGGAGGAGGACAGACCGCUCAGCAACAAGGCCUCAGGGUCUACCACAGGCGUCACCCAAAUCCAGCCCCAGAAACUCCACAUCACCUUGAGACCAGGCGACUCCAAGCGCUUCACGGUAAAGGUGCGGCAGGUCGAGGACUACCCCGUGGAUCUCUACUACCUGAUGGACCUGUCCUACUCCAUGAACGACGACCUGCGGAGUCUGCGGAUGCUGGGCAACGAUCUCGCCAAGGCCAUCAACCGCACGACCAGCAACCUGCGCAUGGGCUUCGGCGCCUUUGUGGACAAGCCCGUCUCGCCCUACAUGUACAUAUCUCCUCCAGAGGCUGUAAAGAACCCCUGCUACGGCUUGAACCGGAACCCGAGCGUGUGUGAGGCUCAGUUUGGCUACAAACACGUGCUGUCCUUGACGGAGAGGGUCAGCCGCUUCACAGAGGAAGUCAAGAAGCAGAUCGUGUCGCGGAACAGGGACGCCCCCGAGGGUGGCUUUGACGCGAUCGUACAAGCAGCCGUUUGCAAGGACAGAAUCGGCUGGAGGCCAGGCGCCUCCCAUCUGCUGGUGUUCACCACCGAUGCCAAAACUCACGUCGCUCUGGAUGGCCGCCUGGCUGGCAUCGUCCAGCCCAACGACGGCAAAUGCCACAUGGGUCCAGACAACAUGUACUCUAUGUCUACUACACUGGACUAUCCAUCCCUAGCCUUGAUAACAGAAAAGAUGUCAGAGAAUAACAUUAAUCUCAUCUUUGCGGUAACAAACCCUGUUCAACCUCUGUACAAGAACUACAGUGAACUCAUACCUGGCACUACAGUUGGGAUCUUGUCUGACAACUCAAGCAAUGUGAUUCAGCUUAUUCUUGAUGCCUAUGCUAAAAUCCGUUCGAAGGUGGAGCUGGAGCUGCAGGGGAUUCCGGAGGAGCUGAGUCUGUCUUUUAACGCUACCUGCCUGAAAGGGGAGGUCAUUCCUGGUCUGAAAUCCUGCUCAGGCCUCAAGAUAGGAGACACUGUGUCCUUCAGUGUGGAUGUGCGAAUGCGGGGCUGCCCUAAGGAGAAGACAAAGACCUUCACCCUCAAGCCGGUGGGCUUCAAGGACACGCUGCAGAUCGCCGUCACCUUCGAGUGCGAGUGCAAGUGCCAGGCCCGGGUGGAGCCCGACAGCCCCGUUUGCCACGGCGGCAAUGGCACGUACGAGUGCGGCAUCUGCCUGUGCAACCCGGGGCGGCUGGGCCCGCACUGCGAGUGCGCCGAGGGCGACUACAGCCCCGAGGAGCGCGACACGUGCAGCGCCAGCCCGGACAAGGCCGUGUGCAGCGGCCGCGGCGACUGCGUUUGCGGCCAGUGCGUGUGCCACGCCAGCGACUUCGGCAAGGUGUGGGGCACCAUGUGCGAGUGCGACGACUUCAACUGCCUCCGCUACAAGAGCGAGCUGUGCUCAGGCCACGGUAAGUGUUACUGUGGCUCAUGCCAGUGUGACCCGGACUGGAAGGGAGAGAACUGUAACUGCUCUACCCGUACGGACACCUGCAUGUCCAGCCUGGGCCUGCUGUGCAGCGGCCGCGGCCAGUGCGUGUGCGGCCGUUGCGAGUGCACCCAGCCCGGGGCUUACGGCGCCACCUGCGAGAAGUGCCCCACCUGCCCCGACGCCUGCACCAUGAAGAAGGAAUGUGUUGAAUGUAAGCACUUUCAGAGAGGAAAGCUCUUUGAGGACACAUCUUGCACGCGAAUCUGCAGAGAUGAAAUUAAACUGGUGGAUGAUAUAGUCUUCCAUGACAAAAAUGCAGUCAACUGCACCUAUAAAGACGAGGACGACUGUGUGCAGCGCUUCCAGUACUAUGAAGAGGCCAGUGGUCAGUCUGUCCUGUUUGUGGUCAAAGAGCCAGACUGUCCUAAGGGGCCGGACAUCCUGGUGGUGCUGCUGUCGGUGGCGGGGGCCAUCCUCUUCCUGGGCCUAGCCACCCUGCUCAUCUGGAAGCUGUUGGUCACCAUCCACGACCGCCGCGAGUUCGCCAGGUUCGAGGAGGAGCGGGCACGGGCAAAAUGGGACACGGGCCACAACCCUCUCUACAAGGGAGCAACCUCCACCUUCACAAAUAUCACCUACCGAGGCAAUAAGGACUGAUUCAGACACCAGCUGAGAGGAUGGACUAUUCUAGAAAGGCGUCAGCCCACAAGCAGUGUGGAGUGACUUCCUCUCAGAUCUUUCAACCUGUGCAGGCUCUACUGUUGUAGGAUGAGGAUGUAACAUGAUCAUUUUAUUUAGUUUUGUCACCGCUGUAAAUACAACAUUGUACAUUAUGUGACUGAUGAUUAGUGUUAGAAUUUAGUGUUUUUUUCUCUAUGUACUGUAUGUAUGUGUCCCUUUCCCAAACAUAUGUUAACAGACUUUUUUGUCAGUUCAAAAACUGACAUUGUCAUCCACAUGAAACCAAUAGAUUAAACACACUGUCCUGUGAACAGGCUUUAUUUUUAAGUCUUUUUUUCUGUCCAUGUGUCUUUUCUCGUUUGAGUGUUCCAGCCUGGGGAGGUAACUAAUCACACUCGGCUGACCCAGCAUGAGACUUCCUCCUCCUUUCCUCCAGCUGUCACCCCGUCAUCUUGUUUGAGUGUGAGCCUCUCGGGAUAAAAGCACAAAGUUAUAGCUAGAGCUGUCGCCCAUUUUCACAGAACUUGUCGACAUAUAUUGUUUUUUCUUCAAUUGGUGGCCUUUUCAGCUGUAAACUUACACAAGCUGACCGUUUUCGCACGUGUUACAGUAUGCAUUCAUCCAGUUCAAGCAGUUGAUGUCAGCAUUGGCUUAAAAAUCCAAUUAAUUAUGUAUUCAUUUUGUCUUCCCUUUAGUGAGGUUUGAGUAAGUUGUAAGGAGAGCAGGUUACCUUUGCCAGAACACGAGUACUUCAUCUACUACUUCGCCUACUGUAUUUACUUUGACUAGUCGUUGCUAAUGACAUGUUUUGAAAAUUAAACUGCAAACUGACUGAACCGCAACACACUGAGAAUUUAAUGACAGGUUUCACUGUUGAAGACAGGCCAUUAUUUGUGUUUGCAUCAUCACAUACAAAGGGGAGAGAGAACAAAUCCAGUGGGUUGCAUUUUGUGCAUCCAUGUUGUCUUUGCCCAUUUUGUAAAUUAUAUUUUUAUUUUAAUUUAAGUUUUGUUUUCACAAUUUUCAAAAUGAAAAAUAUAAUGUCACCAUUGUCACACUUUGUUCUUUGCUAUUAUGAACGUUGUCACAAAUUAUUGUUACCAAAGAAAAUAUUUUGUAUAUAAAGUUUGUUUUCUAUGACCUGCC